GAGCAAACCGGUUUGCUCCAUGACUCACUAGUCAUUUAUCGAACAAAUUGCCAAAACGCCAAUAACCGUUCUUUUUUCUGUUUUGUUGACAAUUUUCUUUUGUUUAUAUACUUGUAUAUAUAUACAAGUAUAUAAAUUUAAUAUUGUUUGAAACGUCUGAUUGCAACGGGUUUAUUUCUGUAACGAAUUCUCAUUGAGAAUCAGGUCAAUGGAGUCCUAACGACGUACUGAUCCCUUUUACGGAACCAGUUUGGGUUCUUGUCCACUUACUUGACAUGAACAAUAAUCAUAUCUCUAAUAUUACUACCAGAUAUUUUUAAUCAUCAUCAUCAUAACAAUAUUCCGUUACUGUUACUGCUACAGAGAUAAAAAUAUCUUAUAAAAAAUUUUUAUUAUUGUUUUUAUACGUCAUGUCGAUGUGUGUGUGUGUGUGUGUGGGUUGAUGGUAAUGUAAUCGUAGACUUAAUUAAAAGACAAGGUAAUAUAAUUAUCAGUAGACCAAGUCAAGGCCAAGUUCUAAUGAAAUUAGCGAGUAAUUAGUCAGGAUAGUGAGCUGUUUAAUUUAAGAUUAAAUAAUCAUGUGUGUGGGUAUUACAAGCUAACGUUUAAAUAAAUUUACCGUUACUUGGCCUGAUGCCUCUACUCUUUCGACAGCUAUUCGUGAAGCGCGUUUUUAUAAAACCAACAACACAUCACGUUUUCCCACCUUGCGCACCACCUGGCGCCAUCCUUUGGCCGUCAAGUUUUCCACCUGCCGCGGCUCUGUAGUUUACCUGCUGGUCGCUGAUUGAUAACGCAAUUCUCUGCAUUGAAAUCGCUAGAUCAACAGACCUGGUUGCCAGCAGACCAACUACGUCCGUAACUACUUUAUCAACAGACCUAGAAGAUUUAGUACGGCAACGACCAGACCUUCACCAGGUAAAAUCAUCAGCUAGACUUGCCUUCAAAUAAUCAUCAAGAAUCGAGAAAUCUAAUGAGUACUUAUGUUUUUAAAUGCUCAUCUCAGUAAUUGGAGAAAGUAAUGAAUGAAUUUGAAAUUAAGUCUUAUCUAUUUUCUUUUAUUUUUUUAACGAUAUAGGAAUUAUCACCAUAAUUACGGAAUACUUAAUAUUAAGAGAUACUUUUACUUUAAAAUUAAAAAAAUAUAUAUAUAUUUAUAAAGUUAAGUAUCAUACACCUUUCACUAAUUGCGCCUAUUCGUCCUCGUUCAGAACUCGAUUGAAAAACUUCAGCCAGCGGAAUGAUUAUCCAUUUGACUUAUCAUAUCCGCAUUAAAUGGAGCUAAAGACUUAAAAGCAAUCCGAUGUUUCGAGGACUGAUAUAACGACGAAGAUGAUGCUGAUGCUGGUGAUCAAGUACUAGGUCAACAUCAAACCCAUAAACCGUUGAGUAAAAUAUUAAGUGUAACUCACGAGACAAUUUGCUGUGCAGAGCAUAGCAAUAUGUGCCUCAACUUGGACGCCUAGCAAUUACAACGGUCCGCGUUAGCCUUCUCACGGUUUUGAUGCAUCUACACAGACAACACCAGUAGACACACAACUACCCAGUGAUAAUUCAAAAUGUAUGUACGUGUUGCGUAUUAAAUACAAUGAAGAUAAAAGUAUUAAGUUGACUCAACCGAGUCAGCCAGCCACUAUUGCAACCAAGGCAUCGUGUGGUACGGGUUUGCGAAAGACCUUUUGAUAAUUGUCAAGAGGGAAAAGUGCGGCACGUGGUGAUGGUGAUACUGGCAAUCUUGCUGGUGGUGGUGGUUGGAGCUGAUUGCUGCCGUAUUCUAGGAGAAUGUUGAAGGCGUUAGAGACCAGUACGGUGCAUUAUAUGGAUAGAUAGGAUACCAAGGUAAAAUGGAUAGAAGAGUGGGUAGAGAGACACCAGCGAAACAGCUGGUAACCGUAGAUCUAUUGACAGAGACUGGGUUCUUAGACCGUUAGUGUUCUCGCGUGCACUAUCCGCGAUAUUUUAUUCCCGUACAGCACUGCUGCUUUGUAUUUAACUAUAAAAUAGUAAGUGUGAUGGUAUAGAGCACUACUCGGUACACUACUCUCGAGACCCUCUCGAUACACCAGCCCCUUUCUACUUCAUGAGUUUAGUUUAGUCCCCUCUCUUAUUGCUUCUCACUCGUGUCCCUAUUGCCGAGGAAAAGUGCUUUGGCACAACGCGACAGUUGACGUCGUGUUAUUCUUGCCGACCAGAUCGUACACUCUGUGCUAGCUAAUAUCCUCAAUUAUUAUUAUUAUUAUUAUUAUUAUUAUUAUUAUUAUUAUUAUUAUUUACUUAAAUUUAAAAAUGAGAGGUGGUGAUGAGGCUUUUAGCACCAGACCCGUAUCAGGAUUAUUUGGGUGACAGAAUUUAGUGAUCGAAUACAAGAAAAUCCUUAAAGUUAAUCAGGACGUGUCGAUCGACGGAGACAAUGGAAUAAAAUGAGAUCUACUUGUGUGGUAUUUUGAAUUGCGGUAUACAAAUUAACAUCAAGCUUCCUCUAUCUUACUUGCAUCAGUGAACAGAUGCAGGUCACGGAAGCGUCGUUUUCUCGGACCACUACUUAAAAAUCUUGUAUUACUGGAGCUUCUUCUUCAAUUCUUUUGUUUAUUUUAUUGUCGCCAUGAUAAUAAUCAUCCACAUUUUUACCAUCAGUGAUUAAUUAACUCGCGAUUAGAUAAAGAUCAAGCGAUACCACACGAUCUUGAGGCUAUUUUCCGGACUAAAAACAUGUUAUAUUCCGUACGAUAAGUCUCAGUUAAACUCAAUUACACUAUAUAUAAAUACAUACUUUUAAAUUUUAAUUUUCUCGGUAGGCAAUAAAAGUUUUAUUGCCACCGCAUAUUCUCAGAAACGUCAUUUUAAUUACAUUAUAUUUAGUAUUAAAUUUUAAUUUAACUCGGCAAAUAAACUCAGUAUGUUGUUUUAAUAUAAAUAGAAAUAUUUACUGUCUGAAUAAUAAAUUACUCAGGUAGACUAUUUGGGGUAAUAAACAUCCUGACACGUCAACAUUCUGAUGGUUCAGCGGCCCAGUUAGAUUGACCACAUUCAAGGAUUUCCAAUUGCAAUAAUAAAGUAACAGCUCAUAUAAUAAAUAUAUAUUACGUAUGAUUUAAUCCAAGCUCCCUAGGUACUAAAUAUUAUUUUAAUAGCAUUUUACAAGGGUCAAGGGCACGUGAAUCAUGAACUGAUGAAUUGUUAAAUCAAUAUCACUAUGACAAUAAUGAACUUAAAAAAAAUUAAACCCUUUGCGUGACAGACAUGACCGACAAACUUUCUUAUUUAGUCACAUAAAUUAACGUUUUUACUUCCCGUCACUUGACUCUAAAUUUACUGAUAAGAUUUUAAAGCUUAAAAAGUAAAUUUUAAUUAACCGAUCAAUCUCGUGUUGCUAGUAAAUAAAUCGAAUAAAGUCCAUUAAACUGAUAAAUUUAUCUGCACAUUUGUCAGCGUAAUUUAUAUUUAUAACUCGUUGUUACAUUGGCACAACACGAAAUUGCGAUAAAAUAAUUAAAAACUAGUGGAGUAACGUAAUAAAUGUAUAAAUAUAUAUAUGAGAUUGAGCUAUUAGCAUCAUCGAUAUCGCCGUAAACAUAAUAUAUGUUAUAUUAUAACAAGUUCUUAAGUACUAAUAUGAUUUGAACAUAUUCAGCAAGUUACUUGUACUGCUUCACGCCCCGCGAACACGCGUGCACUAUCGCCGUUUGUUAUCAAAAAAAAGUUUUAACGCGAGUUAAGUUGGGUUUCAUUAAUGCGAAAUCGCAAGUGGUUUUGUUUCGGUUACUAUUUACCUGAAAUUUAACAUUUGUUGUUAUUAUUAUUAUUAUUAUUAAUUUUUUUUUUUUUUUUUGUAAUAAAUAUUAAAUAAAAAAAAAAAGACACACCUUGCAGAAAAUAUCAAUAGAGCACAUAAAAGGUAAAUGAGAGGCGAAUGAGAGAGUCAAGUGGGCGCGAAAUGUGGGCAGUUGUGGCACAGAAUUGAUGCACCUUGAUGAAAAAUUAUUAAUUAUUGAUGUCCUGAAUACUAUAAUGAUUCAUAGAAUUUGAUAAAAGAAAUAUAUAUAUAUAUAUAUAUAUAAGAUCUGGAAAUCGAUCAGAACAUUUUUUUUAGAGUUUGAUAUUAAAAUGUAAAUAACUAGAAAACAAUGCGGAAUUUUGAAAAAGUUUAUCAGAGAUAAUUUGUAGGGAAUAAAAUUGUCUACAAAAAAGGUCCUAUGACAUUUUGUGAUAAGUCUGAUAGUUUCGACGGAAAAGUGGGGAGAGAUCUCGAGAUCGAGAUUUACUAUAAAUUCGACUUCAAGCUCCAAUAACAGAUGAAUUUAUCAAAAAAUGAUAAGAGACUUUUUUGUAAAGCGUUUAAUUCUCUACGAAAUGUUAUCCUGAGCUUAUCUGUACAAUUGCCGAGGUAUAAAUUUUUUUUUUCCCAUGAUAUUUAAAUGGAAAAUAGAAAAUUUCGAUGAGCGACCUGUGAAUAUUAAUUAAGGAGCUCAUCUUUUUUCGACCCUGCAAUUAUUUAAUGGGGUUUCGAUAAAAAAAAAUAGUUGAUUUUUUUAUCAGUCUGAUAUAUUUAUAUAUAUUUAGAGAUCGAUAAUAAAUAAUAAUUGCAAAGUUAUAAAACAAAUGAAAUGAGGUAGUUGUGAUUUAUAUAAAAGUAUAAUAAAUAUAUUAUUUAGGUGUGCGCUGUAUCCAUAUAUACUUACAUAUUUAUUGUUAUAUAUUAUUGUCUAGUGGUAUGUACAGAUAGACAGACAUAUAAUCCAGUGUUUCCGCGAUUUCUAUUUGCUACUGAGUGUGUGAAAUCGGCCAAGAGUGACUGCCUCUGGUAAAAUAGCAUAAUAUAUAAUAUAUACCGCGAAUUGCAGUGGUAUAAGUAUACACAUAUAUAUAAAUAUAUGUGUGUAUACUGUCUCUUAUUAUUUAUCUUGAUGCCGGUGAGGUUGAAGGUCGCGUGGGAAACGAUUUGAAUGAUAUUGGGUUAAAAAUAAAAAUAAAAUAUAUAAGAAGCUUCAGAUGAUACAAGACACCAUAUAUUUAUUGUAAACACUAACUACUGAGCUAAUUAACUUAAUGCCAAUGAAAAUUAAUAGACGUUAACAUUGCAGUGAAACUUGGAUAAAGUGAAAAUUUACUUAAAUAACAAUAAUAAUUAUUUUAUUGUUUAUUUAUUUAUGAGUUGUUGAUAGUAAUUGUAAUAAUUAAUUUAUAUAAAAUGGUUGUGUCACGAGAAACAAAUAUUUCCACGAAUAUCCGUGCGAUAAUUGAGCAAUUGAAUUUAAAUCCCGUUGAACGUCGUCGUCUUAUUGACCGUACUCGUGAGAAUGUUAGAAUACGUCCUGUCAGUUCACCAGCAAAUAUAACUAUCGGAGUUUAUGGUUGCAAUGAUAAAAAUGAUAGAAAUAAAAUUGGUACGAGAACAAAAAGUACCGUCGAAAUAUUCCCAGAUGAUAAAAUUGUCGGUAACAGGGAGAGAAAUAACUCUGAUAAAAUUUAUCCGGAAAUUUCAAUUAAAAAAAAAAAUAAUAAUAUUAAUAUGAAUAUGAACAGUAAUCGUUACAUUGAAACAAUCACAAGCCCGUCGACGGCUAAAAUAAUAAUUGGGAUAUGGGGUAGUAAUGAUGGUAGAAAAGAAUCGAUUAUCGAGAGAACGAGUUCUUGUAGCGGAAAAAUAGACAUUAAAGUGGUUGAUGAUGAGGAAAAGAGAGUGGGUUUUAAAUCGAGAAGAGCUGAAAUGAGACAAAGGAUACCAGAAGAUCAAAAGGAAUCAUGUGAUGAGGUAACACGAACACAAACUGACAACAAUGACAAAAUUGCUACAUUGCCAAAGGAGGAAUUACCGGAGCUGGAAAGUGACUCGCUGAAUCAUACCGCAGCACAUCACCGUAUUUCAGUCCGGCCAAAAAAUCGGCGACCACCACGACGCACAAUGACAUCAACCACCAGCAGUAUGUCUUGCUCGACAAUCACAACAAUUUCGGAAAAUUCAGACGUACUUGAUAGUCUCGAAUUGUCAACAGUAACAAGUAGCAAUGCCAGUACCCCAGUCGACCCUAAGGGCAUUACAAUUAUGCGUAAAUCUUCCAGUAGAAUGUCUUCUAGGACAUCCGACAUAUUUGAAGAAUUUGACGUAAAGAAAAAACCUUCAAGCAUGGCUUCUCUGUCACCAGACAGCCUUGAUUUGAGUGUCGCCCGUAUGAUUGAACAAACUGACACCCAAGAUAGCGGUGACCUAAAAGUUGUCACGAUAAAAUCAUCAAACCGUAUGACUAAGCUGUCAAAUGUUUACGAUGAAUUGGAAACAACUCCAAAAAAACGUACAUCUGUUACCAGACUAUCAAAAUCACCAGACAGUCUCGAUAAUUCAUUUUCAAAAUCCUCUGAAGGAUUUGAUAAACUUAUUGAGAAUGAAGAAGCUCCGACAUUCGGAAGACUACAAAAUUUAAUAUCUAAAUCAACAGAUGGAUUUGAUAAACUUGCCGAGCACGGAGAGAUAAAACCAAUGCCCCGAAGACUCACUAACAUGAUUUCAAAAUCUACUGACGGUUUUGAGACAUCACCGGAUCGUGAUGAUCCGCGCCCGGCUAGAAGACCCAGUAACCAGAUAUACAAAUUUUCCGACACUGUUUCAAAGUCCUCUGACAGCUUGGAAGCAAUACAGGCUCUAGUAAGUGACGAUUCGAUCGAACGCAGGCGCAGUAGUUUUGAAAUACGUCCGAGGCGAAACCACAAGACGAUGUCCAUGUCAUCAGACAACUUUGGGAGUCUAGACCAUCAGCAACCAGAGCUGCAGAAAAUCAGCAGCACAUCUGACGUCUACCUCACACGCGCAAAUAAACAUCACGGAAAAAUUGCCAGUGUCAUGUCUAAAUCUACUGACAACUUUGAAAUAAUGAACAACAAUCAAGAGAAUAGUCGGAGUAACUUGGACUUUAAGUACAACUACAAAAGCUACAAAAGAACCAUCUCCUCCGAGAGUUCGGAUAAUCUUGAGCUGGAGGACAGAGUCGAGAGCCGUAAAACUCGUAAGCCACCAAAGAAAAUUCCUAACUCUAUUUUAGGAAUGUAUCCAGAUGAUCACGACAAAGAGGAUUACGAUCGCCGGCCAUCGCUGUUGAGAAAACCCCCGACACCCCGACUACAGAAGUCCUCAGAAAGUUCUGAACUUGGUAGCACUGAUACCCUCGACUCGGAAAAACGAAACAAAUCUUCCGACAGCACCGAGACUCUUGACAGCCUCGACAAAGAUUUGGACCAGGACACCCGGGAUGACGACAUCGCGAAUAACGUCAAUGAUAAAUAUGAUAAAAAUGAUUCCUGGUCGACAAAGACAAUGGAAAAUAAACAGAACACAGAUAACGCUGAUGGAAUGGAGGAAGAUUCAAAGUCACUAACCUACACCGACAAGCCUUAUUGGCGACAGAGCUCUGAAUCAAAAGAAAAUAUUGACAUCCAUCAGUUGCUGACAAUAGUCAGCCGUAUAACAGACAACGGUAAUAAUCAACGGAACUCUGUACCAUUUACCAAGAAACUGUCGGCAUCACCGCCAUCGUCACCUGUCGUUAAACAGGAGGACAAUAAAAUGCUAUUCAACAAUUUGCUUACCACUAAAAAUGAUGAAGAAUUGCAGAAUAUGCUUAACGGAAACAUAUCUGAAGUGUCAACCGACACCAAGAGUUUCAAAGAGAAACUUAUAAUGUUUGAGAAACUUGGCAAGUGAAUAACAAUAAGAUCAAAUUAAUGCCAUUGUGUGAUACUACAACUUGUUAAAACUAUUUUUAUUUUUAUUAACUUUGCCGUUUGUUUCAACCGUACUAAAAAAAAACUUUGUGAAAACAAACUUUCUUUCAUUUGAUAAACAAUAAUAUAUACAUAUACAUAUAUAUAUAAAAUAUCAUACUAUCAGUAAAUAUCGAGAUUAUUAACGGACUAAUUGUAAUUGUAAUUGCAACUUGCCUCUAACAAAAUUAUCAUAGUUAUUAAAAUAAUAAUAAUAAAUAUAAAAAUAAAAUAUAUACAUAUUAAAAAUAUCACUCGCGCAAAAUGUUAUAAAUACUUUUAAUUGCCGGGUUUAAUUGUCAACGUAAUUAAUUUAAUUUUGUAUACUUUGUAACUCAUUACUUUAAUUAUUACCUUCAAUUGAUUAUAUAUUAAGUAUUAAACUAUUAAACGGUCUAAUAAAUAUUAUUUAGUAUUUAGUGACAUUUAAUUUGUCUUUGAAAUUUAAUAUGUUAAUAAUGUGGCUGUAUAAAUUAAUAGUGACAUUUAUUGAUAUUAAUAUUGUAAAUAAAUAAUAAUGUUUCAUUAUUGUUAUUAUCAUUAUUAUUAUAAGUAUUGUAAGCCGCGGUUACCUUUCACGGGCCUAACUUGGCUCUAAACUUUUACAUGUGUUUACAACAAAUGGAAAAAAAAAUAAAACGAUGAAUAAAAAUACAUUUUGACACUUGUUUGAGACUUAUGAAUGAGUAAUGACUAGGGACAAGAUUUUUGACUUUAUUUUGAAAAGAAUUGUUCAAAUGUUUGAUAUUCCGGCGAAAAUAUUGGUUUUAUAGAAAAAGUUUUCAUACAAAAGUUAUAGGAAAUUUAAUUUUCGAAAAAAAAUAUCUCUUAUGAUUUUCUUAUACGAUCAAUAUUUUCACCUUAAUUAAAAAAUGAAGAUUCAUAAUGAAUGAUUCAAAUUUUUGUUAAUUAUGAAAAUCUUAAUUUUGAAAUUACGGCUUCCUCAUUAAUUCUAAGGAAAAAUUAUAUGGAACAUUGUUUUUAGAAAAUUAAAUUUUGAACAACUUUUACUUGAAAAAAUUUUCUAUACGACCAAUUUUUUGCCGUAAUAUCAAAAAUUUUACAUCAUUAAUUAUUAAUUGUCAAUUUUUUAAUUAAGGAAAAAAUCCUGGCCUUAGUAAUGACAAUUUAUGAAAAUUGUAAUUGUUAAAACUCAUUUAUUGAGACUCGAGUGCCUUGGGCUUAAAAAUGAUGACUCUGGUUAGAAGACAAUUAUAAAUUUUUGGAUUUUUUUUUUAACAAAUCAAUUACAAAAAAAAUAAAAAUAUGCAUAUGUCGAUGAGUGUAAAUGUCGCAGACAGACAAAUUUAAAAUUAUUGAUAAAUAGACUAAAUAAUUAAUAAAAUAAAAUUUUUAAAAAAUGCGCAUUUAAAAAAUUUAAAAAAACGCGGAUUUUUUUAAAUUUCAUUAUUUUAAUUUAUUUAUUUAAAACUUAUAAAUUGUCUCAUAUCUGCUGCAUUGACACAUUCACUUUUAUGCAAUUUUUGAACUUUGUUUUUCUAAUAAUAUGUUUUUGAAAAAAUUCCAAAAAUUAUUAGACAUCGACUAACUACUGUAUCAUUAAAAAUGGACUGAUCCUGAAAAAUAAUUAUAUUAAUUAUCAACAUCAGUAGUUACCUAUCAAAAAAUAUAAAUAUAUAUAAAAUACGUAAAAUAUAAAAUAUAAUAAAGUGACAGACGUAAUGUAGUAACGUUUGACAAGAGCUUAAAACUAAUAUCAUAUAAUAAGAUAACAUUAUAAUUAUUAAUUGU